CUGUACAGGUCUGAACAAGCCUGGUGACGUAGACCCGCGCUAUCUCAUCUCUGUCGUGGACACUUUCCUGAUUUUCUUGCCGCCCAGCCUGAAGCGAUGGUUGUCCGGCUUGGGAACGCAGUUCAUGGAUGAGAAAUACAAGGCGCGAUUCCCAGACCCUCAAGAAAAGAAAAACAUCAUGAUGAUGGACAUUGAGGUUCAGCCUCCCCCUGGUGAUGACGUCACAGAUGCGCUCAUGCCUAACGGUGACAAGACAACAUACUUUGAUGACGUCACAGAUGCGCUCAUGCCUAACGGUGACAAGACAACAUACUUUGAUGACGUCACAGAUGCGCUCAUGCCUAAUGGUGACAAGACAGCAUACUUUGAUGACAUCAAAGAAUCCGAAGUCAUCUCCCACACGGGAGGAAACGCCACCAAUAAUGAUGAUGUCAUCGUCAUAAAUAAUGCGGCACCUCUGUCGUCUGACUCCGCGAAGAAAUCAGAAUAAUGAAACUGAAAGUGAGUGAGGGGGAAGAGACAGGGAGGAAGGGAGAGAAGGAGAGAGGGGGAGAGGAGAGAGAGAGGGGAGAAAGUGAGGGGAGACGGGAGAGAGAGAGAGAAAACGAACGAGAGAGAGAG